AUGGCGGACUUCAAGCCGUUCACGGCUUACAUUGUGGAUGCCUGCAGGACGGCAGGAGGCAAGAGAAAUGGACGGCUGUCAGGCUAUCAUCCUGCGGAGCUUGGCGCAGCCGUGUGCGAUGCGCUCAUCGAGCGUACCAAGGUCAACGCGGCAGAGGUGGAAGACGUUAUCUUCGGUUGCGUCAGCCAGGUAGGUGCCCAGUCCGGAAAUAUUGGGCGCGGUGUCGUGCUUUCCUCACGAAAUUUACCGGAGAGUGUGCCUGGUACGUCCGUCGACAGACAGUGUGGCUCAUCGCAGCAGGCCAUCCACGCCGCUGCGCAAGCGGUGAUGAGUGGCGUCCACGACUGCUGCAUCGCUGGUGGUGUAGAGGUCAUGUCUCUGGUUCCCAUCGGCGCUUCCAUCAUUGAUGGGCUCAAGGCUGGACAUGGGAACCCCAUGGACGAUGCCACCAUGCAGAAGUAUGCGGAAAAGAUGAAGGCGUUUGAACAGUUCAACAUGUCCUCGCAGACCUUCUCCCAAUUCGGUGGUGCGGAGCUGCUUGCCAAAAAGUAUGGUCUGAGCCGUGAGGAUGUGGACAAGUUCGCCGCCGUCUCACAGCAAAGAGCCGUGGCAUCUACGAAGGCAGGCAAGUUUGCCGAUGAGAUCGUUCCACUGCCCGUCAAGCGCAAGGAAGGCCAAUCAGAAGGCAUGCACACUCAGGAUGAGGGCAUCAGGGAAGGUGUGACGGUGGAGAGUGUGGGGAAGCUGAAGGCGAUGUUUCCGAAUGGUGUGUUGACCCCGGCUUCCUCGUCACAGAUCUGUGAUGGUGCCGCGGCUGUGCUGAUUUGCAACGAGCGUGGUUUAGCGAAGCUUGGGGUCCAGCCCCUCGCAAGGAUACAUUCGCUGGCCUUAGCGGCAGCUGAUCCUGUGAUCAUGCUGGAAGCGCCAAUUCCAGCUUCACAGAAGGCCCUGCAGAAGGCCAACAUGAAAAUCCAGGACGUUGACAUUUAUGAGGUCAACGAAGCCUUUGCGUCGGUACCCUUGGCAUGGUGCAAGGCCUUGAAUGCUGACUUUCAGAAGCUGAACGUGAACGGGGGUGCUAUGGCGCUGGGCCAUCCGCUUGGAGGUACCGGGGCUAAGUUGAUGACCACCCUCGUGCAUGAACUACGACGCCGCCAGGGUCGAUUUGGUCUGCUGGCCAUCUGCGAGGGCGGUGGAACAGCCAAUGCGACCAUUAUCGAGCUGAUGCCAACUUCUAAGCUGUAG